AUGUCUAGAGUGGACUCUGGUGCAUUUUGCGAAAUGUGUAUAAAAUGUAAAGAAAGGUUACCACAUAAUCAAUGGUGUCAACAAUGUGAGAGUGCAAGUUUUAAAGAAGCUUCUAAAUCAUGGACUAGUGGUAAUCAUGACUUGGAUAAAUUUAUAAAAAAAACGCAAUUGAAGGCUGCCGGUCACGCUGAUUACUUAGAAUGGAUCCCUUAUGAGAGGAUCACUGAUAUUACAUUUAUCGCGUACGGCGCUUACGGUAGCGUUUCUUGUGGUACUUGGGUAGAUGGUCCGAGAUGGAAUUGGAAUGAUGAUUCAAAAAGUUGGGAAAGAACUGGCCCAAAAGAAGUUGCACUUAAAACAAUUAAUAACUCUCAUAAUAUUUCUCCAACUUUUUUUAACGAGUUGAAAUCGUUUUACGGUUGUUCGAUUGGGAGAAAUCGAAUUAUCCAUUGUUAUGGUAUUUCUCGUGAUCCUCAAACCAAAAAUUACAUUGCUGUUGUUGAAUAUGCAAGUCAUGGCUCGUUGAUUAAUUAUCUUUCCAAAAACUUUAAAACUCUCACUUGGGACAAAAGAUUAAAUAUUCUAAGCGAUAUUAUUCAAGGUCUUAAAAAUAUUCAUGAAGCUAAUUCUCUCCAUAAAGAUUUACAUGCUGGUAACAUUUUGCUUCACCACUCGGAUAAUAAGGAUUAUACCGCUAUCAGUGAUCUUGGGUUAUGUCAUUUUGUAUCUAAAGGAUUAAAAUUGCAAAAUCCUAAUGUUGUAUAUGGCCUUGAUCUUAAAGAUUUUAUCAAAGGUGCUGGAGAUUCUCGAAAACAAAUUGAAGAAGCUGAAAAAAUACGCUUGGAAUUACUAUCAGAACAAAUUAUCAUAACUAGUCCCCCGAAAACACAUAAAGUAUAUUAUACCACCAGAGAAAUAAAGAUUAUACAUGUAUCUCCUACGAAAUUAAAUCUUGAAAUUUACAAUUUUAAGCCAAAGUUUAGUAAAAAAAUGAAGUUUGGUGUAAAGAAACCUGAACAAACGCUUGCAAUGCCAAAAGAAAAGAUUCAUUUUCAAAUGGAUUCUGAUAAUGUCAAUGAUACACGAAAUUUUGACCCUUUCAGUAACUUAAAUCAAACAACUCCCAUCGUAUCGUUACCCGAAACUUUUAAUAAUACUAAUUUAAAUCUUGAAUUAACUGAUUACACUAAAAAAUCAAAGAAAAUUAAAAAAGAGAUUGCCCUUGAAAAAAAUGCUUCGGCAUCGAAAUACUACAGAUCAGAUUGCCAAUGUUCUAUCAUGUGA